CGUGUAAUGCUGAUCGCUACAACAACUUGUCUCAUAAUGGGACAGUUGCUUAUACAAUUGCUUAUUGUUGCAUUAAUAUUAUCCAACAAUUUGAUGGCACAGAUUGAGAUAGAGAUACAGAAUCAACCGGACAAAUUGGCCUAUUGUCGAACACUACACCGUCUCCAGCAAGAAUACGAUUUAACGGAUUGUGCCCAGAUACUGGAGGAUGAGCUCACCAUGCCCGGUGAACUGUUGAUGGACACACAGCAGCGUUGCUGGUGGGGCUGGGAGCUAUUUGGACGACAUUGCCGCAAACGAGUUUAGCAUUUACUGGCUAAGAUAUUAUUUAUUUACCAACUACUAAUGACACUCGACACCGGAGAUUAAAAAAGAAAAAAAGAAAAAAAA